GUCAGAGCGGCUUGGGGAAAUCCACGUUAAUCAACACCCUCUUCAAAUCCAAAAUCAGCCGGAAAUCUGUGCAGCCGACUUCUGAAGAGCGCAUCCCCAAGACCAUUGAAAUCAAAUCCAUCACUCACGAGAUUGAAGAGAAGGGGGUUCGCAUGAAGCUGACGGUCAUCGACACCCCGGGCUUUGGAGACCACAUCAACAACGAGAACUGCUGGCAGCCCAUCAUGAAGUUCAUCAACGACCAGUACGAGAAGUACCUGCAGGAGGAAAUCAACAUUAACCGGAAGAAGCGGAUCCCCGACACGCGGGUGCACUGCUGUAUAUACUUCAUCCCAGCCACUGGCCACUCGCUCCGACCGCUGGACAUCGAGUUCAUGAAACGCCUGAGCAAAGUGGUCAACAUCGUCCCCGUGAUUGCAAAAGCCGACACGUUAACGCUGGAGGAGAGGGACUACUUCAAACAAAGGAUAAUGGCUGAUCUUCUUGCCAAUGGGAUCGACGUGUAUCCUCAGAAGGAGUUUGAUGAAGACUCUGAAGAUCGGCUAGUCAACGAGAAAUUCAGGGAAAUGAUCCCCUUUGCAGUGGUGGGCAGUGACCAGGAGUACCAGGUUAAUGGAAGAAGAAUCCUUGGAAGGAAGACCAAGUGGGGCACCAUUGAAGUGGAGAACACGACACACUGUGAGUUCGCCUACCUGCGGGACCUCCUCAUCAGGACGCACAUGCAGAAC